AAACCUCCACCACCAAAACCCUACUCUUCCACCAUCAAACCCGACAGAGAUAUGGAAGACCCGUCACCCGAUACGUUAAACGGCGUCGUCUCCACUGAUGCCCCGCCGACGCUGCCGCAUUGUCAACUGACCGCCGCGGAGCUGGUGGCUAAAUCCAUAGCUCCAGUCAAGAGAGAAUUCCUCCGUCCGCCUCCCGCUAGAAACUGCGACAAGACCGCCGAUAAUAAUUCCGACGAUAAAGAAGCACCGCAAGCCGCCGCCCCAGCUCCAAUACUCAAGGACAAGAAAUCCAAGCGCCAAAUGAAACGUGACCGCCGUCAGGAGCAAAAAUCUGCGUUGCAUAUAUGCCCUACGGUAGCCAAGAGCGGGAAUGUUAGUUCGUGCGUGUAUGGUGAGAACUGCCGCUUCAGCCAUGAUUUGGAAGCAUUCAAAUCUCAGAAACCUGCUGAUUUGGAAGGUGUUUGCCCUUUCCUGAGCAACGCGGGGCCGUGCCCUUACGGUCUGGCAUGUAGAUUUGGUGGCACACAUAAGGUUGAUAAUGGCGAAGUUUCCACCACUGCUAAUGUAGAUAAGAAAAACAGUGAAAUGAAUGUAUUGACCAAGGAUGUUCAGAGGCUUUUGUGGAAAAAUAGGAUGAAAUUUCCCAAGGCAGAUGCUGCGCUCAAGCUUCUUGGCCUUCAGGUGCAGGGAAAAAAGGCAAAGCCCAGUGGCAAUGACAAUGAUGAUGAAACCAAUGGUUCUAAUGUAAAUGGAAAUGGUUGUUGCAGAGAAGAUUCUGCAGAAGUUUUGGAAGAAGAUAUUGUCGACAAGGCCGACGUGGCUGAUGAGGUUAGGAGGUCGAAGAAGACAAAAUGCUCAACUGAUGAAGCUUGUGAUGCACUAACUGAUGGUGGGGUGAAUAUCCACGAGAAAGAUGUGGGCGAGAGCUGCAAGCAGAGUGAACGUGAAAGCGUUGUCGAAAACAUAGUUGAAGACAAUGAUAAAUGCCUAAAGUUACACCCACGGGAAAAGAAAAUAAUUGACUUCAGGGAUAAGCUUUAUCUUGCUCCGCUGACUACAGUUGGAAAUCUGCCGUUUCGCCGGGUUUGCAAGGGUCUGGGUGUUGAUAUUACAUGUGGCGAGAUGGCAAUGUGCACCAGUCUUUUACAGGGCCAAGCUUCAGAAUGGGCUUUACUGAGGCGGCAUUCUUCAGAGGAUUUCUUUGGUGUUCAGAUCUGUGGGGCGUUUCCAGAUACUGUUGCUAGAACUGUCGAACUUAUAGAUGAUAAUUGCACACUGGAUUUCAUCGAUAUUAACAUGGGAUGUCCAAUUGAUAUUGUUGUCAACAAGGGUGCUGGAUCUGCCCUCCUCACGAAACCAAUGCGAAUGAAAAGUGUGGUAGAGGCUUCCUCUAAAGCAGUCUCUACACCACUGACUCUCAAGGUUCGGACGGGUUAUUUUGAGGGUAAGAAUCGUAUUGACUCUCUGAUAGCAGACAUGGGAAACUGGGGAACCACUGCAGUAACAGUACAUGGUCGGACACGGCAACAGCGCUACUACAAGCUUGCUGAUUGGGAAUAUAUAUACCAGUGUGCACGAGCAGCCCCUUCUAAUCUGCAAGUCCUUGGAAACGGUGAUGUUUACUCAUAUUUGGACUGGAACGCUCACAAGUCUGACUGUCCUGAGCUGUCAACAUGUAUGAUUGCUCGAGGAGCACUGGUUAAGCCUUGGAUAUUCACCGAAAUCAAGGAACAGAGGCACUGGGACAUUACAUCCGGAGAGCGGCUCAACAUUUUGAAGGAUUAUGUACGUUUCGGCCUUGAACAUUGGGGUUCUGACUCAAAAGGAGUGGAGACAACGAGGCAUUUCUUGCUGGAGUGGCUGGGCUACACUUGCAGAUAUAUUCCGGUCGGUCUCUUAGAUGUUAUCCCCCCAAAGAUAAACUGGCGGGCACCAUCAUAUUUCGGACGUGAUGAUCUUGAGACAUUAAUGGGCUCCGACUCAGCUGCUGACUGGAUUAGGUUAACGGAGAUGUUGCUUGGCAAGGUGCCUCCUGGCUUCACUUUUGCUCCCAAACACAAAUCCAAUGCGUAUGAUAAAGCAGAAAAUGGUUAACACGAGCUGAGCUCCCUAGACACUGAAUUGCUUCAGUUUCUUCUCUUGUUGUCUACUGUUUUUAUAGUAAUUGGUUUUCUCUCAUGUUGUGAACUGUUGAAUUAAAUACAACUUAAAAUAUUGUUUUAUAGUAAAACAAGUGUUUUUUUAAAUAAUCACAUUUAUUAAUUC